GCUCCCCGCUAUCGCAGCGCCGCCCAGAGGACGACGCGUGGCGGAAGCGCUCCCAGGCUCUAAACUGUGCCACCGGGGGCCGGUGAGCGGGUGCGUGUGUGUGGGGGGUGAGGCCGCGGUGUGAGGUGAGGAAGAAUGAUGUAUAACUUUUGCCCAGAAUGUGGCAAUAAGAUAGAGGCUGAUUUCAAUUUUUGCCCAAAUUGUGGAGUAAAGAUUCCUAAGACUGAGGAGGAAGUGUGUCCCACUGUCACUCAAUCUGCAGGAUCUCCAGCUCUGUCUCCACACAAGGUGAAAGAAACCAAAUUAAAGGCAAGUCCUGCAAAAAAUAUCCUGUCUCGAUCGUUAUCCAGGAGGCCAAUAGCUUCUCCAAAGAGAAAACGAGAAGUUGAAGAGAGAGGUGGAAGUUCUCCAUCCACAGCAGUUGUAAAGAGCCCCAAAGGAAAGCGCCACAAAUACAUUCCAUUGACACCAAUUUCAGAAAAUGAAAUCCUGACUGACCAGAACAACAAGAAGUGGAAACUUAUCAAACUUCUCAAUCAGGAUGAAUCUGGACUCCUCUAUUCAGCAACGGCUUCUGCUGCCUCAAAACAAUGCAGCUAUAUCAUCAAAGUAGACGCAAAAGAUGGUAGAAUAUUCAACGAGCAGAAUUUUCUCCAGAGAGCUGCAAAGCAGAAUUCAGUUGAAAAAUGGAUGAAGUCUCGUCAGAUGAUGUUUCUGGGAAUUCCCCCAUGUGUUGGCUUUGGAUCCCAUCCAGAUAAUUACAGGUUUCUGGUGUUCCCAAACUUUGGUAAGAACCUGCAGACUAUCCUUGAGGAAAGUAAGAAGCCUUUGUCUGAGAAAGCAGUUCUUCAGCUGUCUUACAGAAUGAUUGAUGUACUUGAAUACAUUCAUGAGAACGAAUAUGUGCACGGUGAUAUCAAGGCAGAAAAUAUAUAUGUGAAUCCAUCUGACCUGAAACAGGUGUACCUAGUCGGUUACUACUUUGCAUUUCGAUACUGCCCUGGGGGUAAGCAUGUUGAGUACAGAGAAGGCAGCAGGACACCACAUGAGGGCACUGUGGAAUUAAUCAGUGUUGAUUCACACAAAGGAGUUGGACCUUCUAGACGCAGCGAUCUAGAAACCCUGGGUUACUGCGUGUUGAAGGCUUUGUGUCAUUCUUUGCCGUGGUCUGAAAAGAUUGAUGACCCCAAUUUUGUCAUGGAAGAAAAACAAAGAUACAAAGCUGACAUACCAAGUCUCCUCAAAUAUUGCUUUGGGAAAAGAAAAGUCCCAGGUGAAUUGAAGAACUACUUAGAAAAAGUCAUGUCACUGGACUAUGAUGAGAAGCCAGAUUAUGAAGAGCUUCAAGACCUAUUAAAGCGUGGUCUGCAGAGAUUGAGGUCAUCAGUUGAUGAUCCUGUGGACCUCUGGAUAAACGCUAUCUGAAAAAUUGGUAACCAACUGUGAAACCAGCACAUCAUGUUGAGAUGAACAUUAAAACACAUGCUGUAAAGAUGCACUGUACUUUUUAAAUCCUGAUUGCUUUCUUUUAUAGCCUUCAGUACUUUGCAACAGUUUCAGUGUUAUUCAUUCGCCCAAGGAUUUUUUUGUAAAAGAAUGGGCAUUUGUAUGAAUUGAUAUUUUGGUCAUUUCGUACAUUUGGUGUUUUUACAUGAAAAGUAUUUUUUAUUAUUGGAGGCUUCUCUGUUAGUUUCUAACCUGCUGUAUUUUGGCAUAACUUGAGUCUUGUGCUAAUUGAUCUAAUGGAAUCAAAUGGUCAUCUAUAACUGAGACAUUUAUCAGUAAAUAAACUUUAGAAAUAAUUAGCAAAGUACGUGGUUUGUUGUAGAAACUGUAAAUUUGCUUCCACAGCAGUUUUGUGCUCGUGACCUUUCUACUAUCAGUAGUGCUUUGCAUAGUGUCAUUGUGUAACUCUUUUCUUAAACAUAAUACUAUUGUGCCACUGCAUUCCUUUGGAUGUAUCUACACUACGUUCGAACACAUUCCAGUAAUUUUUCUGUGAUCUGGUGUGUAUUCUUGUGCCUUCAACGUUAGUACCAAGAGAGCUGCGGUAUCCUAGUUGUACUGUACUGUAGCCACCAAUGUUUCCAUUGAUUAAAUAAUUUGGGAUAUCUGCA